AUUUCCCACUAAUCAAGCAAUUAUUUUAUUAUCUUAGACUCUUCAAGAUUGGCUCUAUCUUCAACUUUCUUAUCUGUUUGCUUUUGGUUCCAUUGUUCAAGCGGCCUUUCACGGACGCCAUGAAUUCAAGGCUCAUUCUGACUGCAACCACUCUCGCAAUCCUCUCCAUCUUCUUCGCUCUCGACCCAAUCCAUCUAUUUACACCACCCCUUAUUCCUGGAUCCCUUGAUAAGCUCCCAGAUGCCCAGGUAAUUCCACUGGUCGGAGCAGUUGGGCCGGAGAGUCUCGCCUUUGAUCCCAAUGGAGAGGGUCCAUACACUGGCGUGGCUGAUGGCCGGAUUCUCAAAUGGCAAGGAGAAGGCCAAGGAUGGACUGAAUUUGCAGUCACCUCUCCCCAAAGGAAAGACUGUGUCCAGCCACAGGCACCCCACAUGGAGCAUGUAUGUGGGAGGCCAUUAGGAAUACGGUUCCAUCCGACCACUGGAGACCUCUAUAUAGCAGAUUCCUAUCUUGGGUUUCACAGAGUAGGACCAGCUGGAGGGUUAGCCACUCGGUUGAUCACAGAGGCUGAAGGUGAGCCCUUAACCUUCACCAAUGAUUUGGACAUUGACGAGCAUGAAGAUGUGAUUUAUUUCACUGAUACAAGCACAAAGUUUCAGAGAAGGCAGUUUAUAUCAGUGAUUUUAAGUGGGGACAAGACAGGGAGGUUGAUGAAGUAUGAUAGGUCAAGAAAUGAGGUGAAGGUGUUGCUAAGAGGCCUUGCCUUUGCAAAUGGUGUGGCACUGAGCAAGGAUCGUUCCUUUGUGCUAGUUGCUGAGACGACCAACUGUAGAGUCCUCAGGUUUUGGCUUCAAGGGCCUAAAGCAGGAACCCAUGAUGUCUUCGCCGAGCUACCGGGCUUCCCGGACAACAUUCGGAGGAAUUCCAAGGGGGAGUUCUGGGUUGCUUUGCACUCUAAGAAGGGACUGCUUUCAGGUUGGGCUGUGUCAAAUUGUUGGGUUGGGAAGGCUUUGCUGAAGCUCCCUCUGAGUUUUAGGAAGCUGCAUUUAGUGCUAAUUGGAUGGAAAGUUCAUGCUACUGCUAUAAAGCUAGAUGAGGAAGGGCGAGUUGUUGAGGUGUUAGAAGAUAGUCAAGGGAGGACUUUGAGGUUAAUUAGUGAGGUCGAGGAGAAGGAUGGGAAUCUGUGGAUUGGGUCUGUGCUCAUGCCCUUCAUGGGUCUUUAUAACUUGCACUAGGUCAUCAAGAAUUUUGGUUUAUAUUUGAGAAAUUGAAGGUGAUUUUCUUUUCUUUCUAAUUUCUUGUAUGUAGGGGCAUAUUAGAACUUAGAUGGUAUAUGUAGAGCAAAUAAUGAAAUAAGAAGGAAAGGAUGCAUUGCUACACUUGA